UCCAGCAAGCCGUUUUAAUUGUCGAACACCCUUGUAUUGAAACGCACGUGUUGGAAUCGGGUUAUUUGACAUUCGUAUUUUGCGUAAAAAUAAUUUUUAAUAACUUUUUUUCAAUAAACAGUAAGAAAAUUGAUUCUCAAGAUUAAACGUGAAGUUUUUAAAAGAUGCCAGCGGAAGUUGUUGCCAAAGGCAGCAUUUUAGGCAAAUGUGUUCCCGCCCGCUGCGUGAUGGCCGUCUUGGGAUCCAUUGGGAUGGCCAUCGUUUUUUGCCUAAAAGUGAAUUUCAACGUGGCAAUGGAGGCUAUGGAAAAUCAUACAGCAAUCCAAGAUAGACCAUUAUAUAAAGAAAAUUUGGAAACUUUAAGUAAUUCGACAAUCUCAAAUCUUAGGAAAGAUGGACCAUUCGUUUGGGACCCACUGCAAGGCACCCUGAUGGCUUGCUACUUUUUAGGCUCUCUCGUUCUUAUUCCGCUGGCGCGCAUCGCUGAGAACUUUUCCGCCAAGUGGUUGAUGUUUUUCUCCGUGGCAGUCAAUGUGGUCUGCAGCCUGCUAACUCCGGCAUUUACUAAAUUGCAUACCGGCUGCCUUAUUCUACUGCGAGUUCUGCAGGGAAUCGGCGAAGGGGCCUCUUUCCCGGCUAUGCACGUCAUGAUUGCCUCCUGGGCACCACCCAAAGAACGCACGGCCAUGUCCACCAUCGUCUAUGUAGGCACAUUCGUCGGCACAGCUCUCUCCAUCCUGAUAGACGAGAUUGUUUUAGAGCGAUGGGGUUUGGAAUCAGUUUUCUACGUGACGGGUGCUUUUAUUUGCAUUUGGAUAGGUCUAUGGCUAAUUCUCAUUCAGGAUAAUCCCAACAAGCAGCGAUUCAUCAGUCCCGAGGAGCGACUGAUGAUCAACAGGUCUCUGGGCACUGAAGUAAACGAAGACCACCCCCCGGCGGUACCAUGGAAGAAGGUGUUGAAGUCCAGUCCAUUCUGGGCCAUUCUGAUUGCUCACACUUGCACCAACUUUGGCUGGAAUAUAUUCAUUUUUGAGAUUCCGUACUACUUUAAUUACAUCUUUAAGUUUAACGUGGACGUUAAUGUGAUAAGUGCUACGUCAUUCUCUACGUGCUACGUUAUCCUUUCGAUAAGCCUUGGAACAAUACUUCACUGCCUUGAAAUGAAGGGCAAGAUUAGCGCCACCGGUGCCCGAAAAAUAGCUACCUCGGUUUGCUCCUUAGUUCCUGGAGCUUGUCUAAUCAUUCUUUGGUUUGUUAGAUGCCAACAAGACGACGUUGUAGCCGUAAUUGCGAUUGCAAUUUUGGCCAUGAGCGCCAGGUUUCUGGGUUUCCUGACUAAUCACAUCGACAUUGCCCCCAAAUUCUCCGGAACUCUAAUGGCAUUGACUUACGCUGCGGGUAUUCUUCCUGGUAUUGUGAUACCAAUAUUUGAGGCGCUUUUUACCACAGAAUUUGAGAGCGUUAGAGGUUGGAAUAUCAUAUUUGGAUUAACCAUAUUAUUGUUCGCCGUCGAAUUCCUGGUAUUCCUCAAGUUCGGUUCAGGAAAAGAACAGUCCUGGAAUAAGACACCUGAAGAAAACGAAGAUGAACAGAUUCCGCUUAGGAAAAUAAAUAAAUUAAAAUCCUAGUUACGAUAUCUUUAGAAAUAUUAUUGCAAAUAAGUGCU